UGUAAGAACAGUUAUUGCCGAACACCGAAAGCAUACAGCGUCCAGAUCACGCACGGUCGCUUAUCCUAAGCACGGAGUCUUACGAGCAACGAGUAUCCCUAAACCCAAUACCUGUGACUGGAGAGUGUCCGGACUCCGGACUCUAGAGACCAAGCGAAACGCCAAGAAGGUCACAUGAUCCCUUAGUAAGCAGGCUUCACGUAUUCUUCGACGGCUUUUCCUUCAAUUUGACUGCGGCAUGAACUGUUCAGACAAACUCAUCCAACUUCCAACCCCGCUACCACAAUUUUCCCUGGUGUAAUCGAAGUCGCCUCGACGUUCAUCAUGUCGGACGCCGACUUCGACACCGUCCGACGUCUGCAGGCUGAGCGCAACGCUCAGGCUGCCGGCAAAAAAGGUUCCAAGACCUUCGAUCCAUCUAGUCAGCGCACUGAUUCGUCCACCAAGGUGUCUUUGACUGAGAAUUUCGAUACCACUCUCUACGACCGCGAUGGCGACAGGUUUGCUGGUUACCACACCUCACUUGCAGCGGAUGGCGAGGACGAGGAAAUGCCUGAUGCCGAUAGCAGCAGAAGAUUGGUAGGACAGUACACUGCAACAAAUGAGCAAAUGCAAGAAUUUGCGACAGGAAAUGGCGUGGAAGAAGAGGACAUUCUCCUUGGACGUGAGAAGUCUGCCAGGAUCGCAGAUCGUGAGACUGAUUAUCAGAAGCGAAGAUUCGAGCGAGGGCCUCUCACCCCUACGAGAGCCGAUCCUUUCGCGGCCAACAAACAGGCCGGCGUCACUGAGGGUGCUACUUAUCGGGAGGUCAUGCAAUUGCAGGACAUAGAGCGUGAGGAAGAACGGGUCAAAAAGCUGAUCGCUGAAAAACAGGCCAACGGCGACGGAGUUGUUGAACACAAACCGACCCUGAAAGAAGAAGCCGACAAGGAAAAUGCAGACGCAGGCUCGACCGUAGAGGCCACCAGCCGCAAGCGGAAGAAGAGAUGGGAUGUCUCCAGCGAAGCUACACCCGCGCCCGACGAAAUUGAGACCAAGAAGCGAUCGAGAUGGGAUCAGGCUCCUGCUCCUGAUGCAGCGCCAGCACCUGCAAAACGUUCCAGAUGGGACCAGGCACCCGGACUGGCUUCAGCUACAUCUGUAGCUCAGACAUCAGGAGCGAGUUUUGGCACCGACAUCUCUGCGCGGACUGCUCCUUGGUCUGACGAAGAACUCGAUAUGAUGCUUCCCACGGAAGGAUACACUAUUCUCGAGCCUCCUCCGGGCUAUGCGCAAGUUCGUCCUGUUGCCAGAAAAGCUGUGGCAACUCCAGCGGCGAGCGGUAGCUCUGCAGGUAUUGGCGGGUUCAUGAUGCAGGAACCUGAAAAUCCCAGGAUGAUGGGCAAACAACUCCCGACGGAUAUUCCUGGGGUUGGAGACCUUCAGUUUUUCAAAGCCGAGGAUAUGGCGUACUUCGGAAAAUUAGUUGAUGGAGCCGACGAAAAUGCCAUGUCUGUGGAUGAGCUCAAGGAGCGCAAGAUCAUGCGAUUGCUGCUCAAGGUCAAGAAUGGUACUCCGCCAAUGCGUAAGACCGCUUUGAGACAGCUGACGGACAACGCGCGACAAUUUGGAGCUGGCCCUCUAUUCAACCAAAUCUUGCCUUUGCUAAUGGAGAAAUCCCUCGAAGACCAGGAACGGCAUCUGCUCGUCAAAGUCAUUGACCGUGUGCUCUAUAAGCUCGAUGAUCUCAUCCGACCCUAUGUACACAAAAUCCUGGUCGUUAUUGAACCCCUGCUCAUCGACCAGGAUUACUACGCUCGUGUCGAAGGCCGGGAAAUCAUUUCGAAUCUUGCCAAGGCGGCAGGACUGGCGCAUAUGAUCAGUACAAUGAGACCCGACAUCGAUCACGUCGACGAGUAUGUUCGGAAUACAACAGCAAGAGCUUUUGCGGUGGUCGCUUCAGCUCUAGGCAUACCCGCACUUCUACCUUUCUUGCGAGCAGUUUGUCGAAGCAAGAAAUCGUGGCAAGCUAGACAUACUGGUGUUAAAAUCGUCCAACAGAUUCCAAUUCUGAUGGGAUGUGCUAUCCUUCCUCAUCUGAAGGGCCUGGUCGACUGUAUUGCCGACAAUCUCAGUGACGAACAAGCCAAGGUGCGGACGGUUACGUCUCUGGCAAUUGCAGCGCUGGCAGAGGCGGCAAACCCGUACGGUAUUGAAAGCUUUGAUGACAUUCUCAAUCCGCUCUGGACGGGAGCUCGGAAACAACGCGGUAAGGGGUUGGCAGGCUUCUUGAAAGCCGUGGGCUACAUCAUUCCGCUCAUGGAUGAAGAAUACGCCAACUACUAUACCAGCCAGAUCAUGGAGAUUCUGCUCCGAGAAUUUGCCUCUCCUGACGAGGAGAUGAAAAAGGUUGUUCUCAAGGUCGUGUCCCAAUGUGCAAGCACCGAUGGUGUCACUGCAGGAUAUCUGAAAGAACAUGUCUUGAAUGAAUUUUUCAAGAGUUUCUGGGUGCGGCGAAUGGCGCUGGACAAACGCAAUUACCGUCAGGUCGUGGAGACCACCGUUGACCUUGGUCAGAAAGUGGGCGUCAGCGAGAUUGUUGGUCGUAUUGUGAACAAUCUCAAGGACGAAAGUGAAGCAUACAGGAAAAUGACUGUCGAAACUAUCGAGAAGGUCAUUGCAUCACUUGGUGCGGCGGACAUCAAUGAGCGCUUAGAAGAACGACUUGUUGAUGGUAUCUUGUUCGCCUUCCAGGAACAAGGCAUUGAAGAUGUUGUCAUGCUUAACGGCUUUGGUACAGUCGUCAAUGCUCUGGGCACUCGCUGCAAACCAUACCUCCCACAGAUUGUCAGCACGAUUCUCUGGCGAUUAAACAACAAAUCAGCCACUGUUCGACAACAAGCGGCAGACCUGAUCUCCCGAAUUGCCAUGGUCAUGAAACAAUGUGGCGAAGAUGCUCUGAUGGGUAAGCUCGGUGUUGUUCUUUACGAAUACUUGGGCGAAGAAUAUCCCGAAGUUCUGGGUUCGAUCCUAGGUGCCCUUCGAUCGAUUGUCACCGUUGUGGGGAUCAACCAGAUGCAGCCGCCUAUUAAAGACCUGCUGCCACGUCUCACCCCUAUCCUGCGAAAUCGUCACGAGAAGGUCCAGGAAAACACCAUUGACCUUGUCGGUCGUAUCGCUGAUCGAGGUCCCGAGUCAGUGAACGCCAGAGAAUGGAUGCGUAUCUGUUUCGAAUUGCUUGACAUGCUCAAGGCGCACAAGAAGGGCAUUCGUCGUGCGGCGAACAACACUUUCGGCUUCAUUGCCAAAGCCAUUGGACCGCAAGACGUUCUCGCCACAUUACUCAACAACCUGCGUGUACAGGAACGGCAGUCCCGUGUCUGCACUGCUGUCGCCAUCGGUAUCGUUGCCGAGACUUGCGCACCUUUCACUGUCCUUCCAGCCUUGAUGAACGAGUAUCGUGUACCCGAGCUCAAUGUUCAGAACGGUGUUUUGAAGUCCCUGUCCUUCCUCUUCGAGUAUAUCGGCGAGAUGGCGAAAGACUAUGUCUACGCUGUUACGCCCUUGCUUGAAGACGCGCUCAUCGACCGUGAUCAGGUCCACAGACAGACUGCCGCAAGUGUGGUCAAGCACGUCGCACUGGGCGUGGUUGGACUCGGCUGCGAGGACGCCAUGGUCCACCUACUGAACCUGCUCUACCCGAAUCUGUUCGAGACCAGCCCUCACGUAAUCGACCGGAUCAUUGAGGCCAUCGAAGCUAUUCGCAUGGCUGUGGGCCCAGGUAUCGUCAUGAACUAUGUCUGGGCAGGUCUUUUCCAUCCAGCCCGGAAGGUUCGUACACCGUAUUGGAGGCUGUACAACGAUGCUUACGUGCACAAUGCGGAUAGCAUAGUGCCAUACUAUCCAAACAUGAAGGAUGAUGGGUUGCCUAGAGACGAGUUGUACAUUACCCUUUGAAUUGGAAGAUUGCUUCGAGCUUGAGUCAGGGUUGGCUGGACAGCAAUCAGACUCUUCUGAAAAGCAACGCGCCUAGCCGAGGCCCGCUGACGGAUGUAGCUUUCACGAAUUCAUAUGCUAAUCAGCGACUAUUCGAGUCGUCUGGUCUUCUUACAAACUGUUCAUUGAAAGUUUCAGGCUCCAACGCCUACAGCCUCUCGCCAUCUAUUUCAAACCAUGGCCCCAAAGUCGUCUUUCGGAGGUCUUUACCAGCAUGUGUUGCGUGUAAACAACUCCACCGCAAUGCUACCACACCUCAAGCUCAACGGAUCCAUCAGCGAUUUGCGGCAAGUGCUCGGGUGGCUCAAUCUUCCCGAGUACAUCAUACGACAACCCCAUCAGCGACUAUCAAUCACCACCAGUAGCCUCAGCCUUCAUCCUCGCCGGCUUCGAAUUCAAAUAUGCGUUUCUAUACACCUUUUGGGUCAGCCUGUCUAAGCUCUUGACAGUCUCUCAUUAUCCGCGCGUCUUUAAACCACCACAACAAUAAAAACUGCUGCAUCCACUGCCUCUUUUGACCUUGCAGCUGGGGAGGGCUGUACGUACGGAUUGAGGCCGGAACUUACCGCUUGUUCGCCCAGUCAAUAAUCCACCAGGCCAUCACCAACGGCGGAACAACGUAUAAGAACUGUGCCUUUGAGCGGCGGAAUGUGUUGAAGAUCGCAUUGUGCCAUGCAUGAGCCAGUGGAUUUUGCCGGUUUGCUGAAAUCCUGUAUUCCACGAUGCCCUUUUGCUUGGGGAUACGGCGGUGUCCCCAACAGUAGACAGGGCGGCUGCAGCGUUCAUUAGAGAAAGAAACUUAUCGCUGGAACCCAGAUUCCGGAGAGAGGGUGAAGGGAACUAGGGAGAACGGGGGCAGAGGUUGGUGAAAGUGAGUGGUCAAAGACGUUGUUGAGGGAAGCGUAGGAAGGUCUUGGAAGCGGUGCGGUAGACGAGGAGGAAAGUUGUGCUGGUUGGGAACUCCUCAGAUCAGGGUGCUAACGCAGGCAAACAGAGGGUGGGUGCUUGGAAGGGUGGACGUACUGGCUCCUAUGAAGGUCUUGAUUGUACUCCAUCGCGUCUUAGGCGUGUUCUUUCGUGCGGCAUGCGUAGGUGGGAAACGAGAGUGGUGCGAGUUGAGGUACUGGAGGAAAAAAGAGCGAACAUCUUGACGGGCUCGCUGGUUGCUGGGUCCAUUAUUAUUAUAUCUUUUGGGACGAGCUCG